CUGCAGACUCUGCUUCAUAAUAUUGGAUGAGACGGCUGUGUUUAUUAGCGCUUCGGAAAUGUAGGUGUAUAAAACUACACAAGACGUUUUAAAGAGUAAAGUGUUCAAUGAACAUCGUCAUAUUACUAAAAGGGUUUAACGUCUUCAUUAUAUGUAACCUUUAAAGUAAAAUGUCAAUUAAGUGUGAAAUCCUGGCCUCUUGAAAAUGUUAUGUUUCUGACAGAUGAUCUGCUGGAGAAGAUGGAGUUUGUUGAAGAAGACACGAAUGAUUCAGAACAGCACAAAAUGAUAAAUACUGAAGAUAUUGAGGAACAGAGAGACCUUGUGCAGGUAAAGGGGGACAGUCAAGAGCCAAAUGAAGUGGAGAAGAAACCUCGUUAUAAGAAACGCCAUCGUUUCAUGCCUGAAGAAAAACCUUUAACCUGCUCACAAACUGACAAAAAUGUCUCCCCAAAUGAAACGGAAACCAAAAAUCUAUUCAGCUGCCCUCAGUGUGGAAAGAGUUUCACACGUAAAGGACACCUUACAAUUCAUAUGGCAAUUCACACAGGUGAGAAGCCUUACACAUGCCCUCAGUGUGAAAAGAGUUUCACGUGUAAAGGAAGCCUGAAGGAACAUUUUAGGAUUCACACCGGAGAGAGACCGUUUAUCUGCCCUCAGUGUGGAAAGAGCUUCACAAAUUCAGGAGGUCUUAAGAGGCACACGAGAAUUCACACCGGAGAGCGACCUUUCACCUGUCCUCAGUGUGAAAAGAGUUUCCCUAAUCCAGGAGAGCUUAAGAGGCACAUCAGUAUUCACUCUGGAGAGAGACCCUUCACUUGCCCUCAGUGUGGAAAGAGUUACAAGCAAAAAGAGGGCCUUCGGGAACACAUGAAAAUUCAUACGGGAGAGAGGCCUUUUGCGUGCAUGUUGUGUAGAAAAAGUUUCACACAACACAGCACCCUGAAGGUCCACAUGAAAAUCCAUUCUGGUGAGAAAUUACAUCAAUGUUCUGAGUGUGGAAGGAGAUUUACAGAGGCGUGCAAUCUCAAAACCCAUCUGCUCUCCCACACCGGAGAAAGGCCGUUUCAUUGUGAUCGGUGUGGGAAAAGGUUUUUUUUGGCUGUACACUUAAAAACGCACAUGAGGAUUCAUAUAGAUGAAAGGCGUUAUGUGUGUUCUUUCUGCGGCAAGAGUUUCUUAUGGCUGCACGGUUUCAAAGACCAUCUGAAAACACACAUGGGUGAGAAGUCUUACGUGUGUUUGGACUGUGGAAAGGCCUUUGCUAGACCUGCUGAGUUGAAAGUGCACGAAAGAGUUCAUACUGGAGAGAAACCUUACAAGUGUUCGCACUGUGAAAAGUGUUUUACUCAGUCGUCAGGACUAAAAGUACACGAGAGAGUUCAUACCGGAGAGAGGCCGUACCUCUGCCCGUCAUGUGGAAAGACUUUUAGCCGAUAUGGAAGUCUGGGCAAGCAUUUAAAAAAAGCUUGCCCGAAGUUAUCGCAGUGACAAAAGUUUACUGACACAAAAUUCUCUCAAAAAAGAGGACCAGGAGCCCCAUUUACAAAGCGUGUGUACGCACAGAUUUGAUCGUAAAGUGAAAAAUUACAAAAAUCCACGGCAAAGUCCAUAUUUAUAAAAAAGUGCUUAGCGUCACGUCAGGGUCUGAGCUAGGGCUGGGACGUUUAUAAUUACCACCGCGGUGGUGGAGUGCGACCCGCGGUCGGGAAGUACGGCCUGCGGUGGUGUGCACGUCAUAAUGUACAAUCUCGCCCAGUGAGAUGUCUUCAAGUUCGUGUUAAUGCAAACAGCCAGCAGACGCGGAGUAAAUGCGCUAUUUGCAAGGGAAGGCAACUGAUAUUAGUGAUGAUGACCCGCUGACUUGGGGGCGGAACAAUGAGUCAAGAUAUUGGCCGUUUCUCAAGCCUGGUUUAUUAUUUCCAGACAUUUGCAAGUCAUAAGCAUAUUACAACAAUGUAUGAUUAACAAAGACUAAUAGCGAACUUUAUAAUUGUUAAUGUUAUGAAAUAAGACAGUCUUGAUGACGUAUGCAGCCUUCAUAUGCGACCUCCGGAGGCUGCAGCCUUCGGAUUGAGAAACGGACGUUCUCUUUUGGUCACUUUUGGCGCUACCAGUACACAAUCAGAACGCGUUUUCAGCACGGCUGGAAACUUUAUAACCCCAAAAAGGUUUCUCACUUGUUGUUUCACGAAUGGAAUAAACAUGCAUAUAAGUGCCGAUUACUUGGGUGCUCGAGCAGCCACCGAAAUGGCCAAGCACAUACGCACAGUUGCUUCACAUUUACUUCACAUGUCGCGUCUAAAACCACGCGGAAAACGUGACCGUGCCUCUUUCCUCCUCUUCAAAGUGCGUGGGCGCUUCAGAGCGUCUUUCGUUGCUAAGUAACCUAAGCAUUGCUUGACGCUGUGAAGAGCACCCACCGGCGGAGAAAGAAUUUGGCGCCUAUGAACACGCACGUUUGUUAAGAACUGUAUCUGAUCCUAGUUUACAUUUUUAUAUUUCAAAAUAUAUGUAUGCAUUAGGGCUGUGUCGAAAAAAUCGAUUCAGAAUCGAUUUUCAUGUUAAUUUCUAAAGAUCUAUCCGUAACUUAGAGCAGUGGUUCCCAAACUUUUUCAGCGUGCGGCCCCCCCUUGUGUAAGGUACAUUCCUUCGUGGCCCCCCAAAGAAAAUUUGUGACAAAAAACUGUUCUAAAACUCAAAAUUUUAAUAAAAAAAUUAAAUUAUACAAAAAAGUAGUGCUUUUGGUUAGUAGCCUUAUUUUUUUAGAUUUAAUUACACAGAAUUCAUGAUAAAUUAAUGUAUUUCAUAAAAUGUCAUAAAACUGGGGCCCCCCGGCACCAUCUCGCGGCCCCCCUGGGGGCCCCGGCCCCUAGUUUGAAAACCACUGACUUAAAGGAUCGAUUUAAUAAUUAAUAACUUAAACUUGCCGCGUCAUUGAAUUCACGCAUGCGCGCGAGGUGGAAGGACAUUAGAACAACGAACAUAGCGGUCAGUAACGUUAAGCAAGCGGUUGUUUUGAAAACUCUAGAAACGCUCAAAGCUGGGAUCUAUAUGUAAAAUAAUCCACUCAUAACAAAUGAACGAGUUAUUUGUGUAAUUUUUAUAAUAAGCGCCAUGCAGUGAAUCCACCGCGGGUCUCCAGCGAAACUCUCUCUCUCUCCCCCUCUGUGUUCAUGCAGCCGGUCUCUGACGGGCAGAGGAUUCUUGAGGCGUGUGCAACGGGUCGCCAAAUAAAGAGUUCUUUUUAUACAUAAUGCUAAUAGUUGUAAAGGUUUCUGAACUUUAAGCAAGCUAAGACAAAACUUGCGUUUAUAUCAGUGACACGUGCGCUGCUGGAGCGAUGUAGUUUGACGCCUAAUUUGCUUAUACCGUAGUACAAACAUCUUUCAUCAGAAAGAUGAGAAAGAGACGCAAAUGUUAAUGUCUAAUAGAAAGUAAAUAGCGUCAAAACCUUAAAACAGACUUCAUCACAUCAUAGCACCCGUCAUAAUAUCUAUAUCUAGAGCUCCGUCUCUCAUAUAUACAGGUAUUUAUCCUGUCUGUAGGUUUGUGCCUAAAUUUAUACCUGUUCAUUUUACAUACUGCCUAUUUUUAAUGUAAUGUAUGCAUAAAUACAAAAAACAAUGCAUACUAUAGCUUCAAUAGUCUAUAAAAUUAAUAAUAACUCAAUUAAAAACAAGAUUCUGUCUAUCAAGACUUAAUCUGUUGUUAUCCUCUGGGCAUUUUCACUUUAACAUUAUUUACUUUAAAUUGUCCAUAUUUUAAAACUGUGGUGAGCAGUUAAAAGCUAUAGUGAGUGGCAAAUAACUGCACAUUUUUAUAAUCCAAAAAACUGAAAAACAUGUAUACCAUGAAAUAUACCGUUACCGUGAAAUAAAAUGACUCAUGGAAUAGAUUUUUGGUCAUUCCGCCCACCCCUAUCUGGCACCAUUUCGGGCUUUUUUCAAAAACACUUAUCUAAAUUUCGAAGAUCGGAUCAGAUCGAAUCGAACAAUGAUAAUCGAUUCAAGAUCUUGAGAAUCGGAAUCGAAUCGAUUCUUGAAAUUUGAAUCGAAACCCAGCCCUAGUAUGCAUUAUGUAUAAGACCUAUGUGAAUCAAUGUGCAUGUGCACAUCGCGGUGGUAAAAAACUGCCACUGUCACAGCCCUAGUCUGAGCACUUUAGUACACACUUUUGCUUGUCAAAUUGCUGCAGGUUUUUGGCAAUGUAAGCCAUUCUUGCUGCUCAAAAUUGGGUUUAAACUUUGACAAGCGCUCUUUUAUAUGUCUAUGACAUUAAUUAGGCAUUGUUUAAAGGCGGAGCUCUGAAACUGCUCAUUUGCAAUUUAUAAAUUUCACAUCUGAAAGAAAGGUGUACGCGCAUUUUCUGUGCGUAAGUUCGGUUUAUGAAUCACACGUACGCAUUUUUGCUAAAUGAUCGUAAGAUCAAAUGUAGGAUGGUUUCUGCCCAGCAUUUUAUAAAUGAGGCCCCAGGUGUUAACAUUUAGUCACUGCAUGGACAACUCAAAUAAAUUGAAAAUAAUACGCUGAACAAUAUUUAAAACACAAGACCUGAAUCUCUUGCACAUGCAGACUCUUUGUGUAUUGGACUAGAGAACCAAAUAGACAAACUCAAAGCCCCUGUGUCAGGAUUACAAAAGGUCUUCAUCUCAAACAUCUCAGGGCGCACUCACUCAAUCCAGUCCAAACCGCGCUCGGGCAUGUUUGACCCUCAAAGCCUGGUUUGUUUGACUAAUGUGAUCGCUCUCUACCACUCUAUAUAGAGCAUAGUUCACUUGGGCUUAGGUGCGAAAGGCGCACUGUGAUCGCUAAUCACGCCAAAGAGUUUCAGAAGAAGAGACGUCAAUUGUGUGACACACAAAACCUUAUGAUUCGCUCAGCAGGGUUACGUGAAUGUCUUCGCUGCACACUUGACAGAUCAACUAAGCAAUUUGAUAGGCAUGUGAGAGGGCUGUUGUCAUCGGGAAGCAAACAAUUCUGAAUAAAGAAACACAGGCUUAACAUUACGAAGGGUUGCAGUGUUAAGACAGGGCUAUACUUCCUGUUUUCUUCAAAACAAUUGCAUCUUAAUGACGAAAGCACACCUGGGCUUGGAUUGCUCAAGUACAGUGUGAGGGCAUGCUUUUGGGGGAGUAGGUAGGGGGGACAAUUGCGCUGGGGUUUGGUUUGGAUUGGGUAAGUGCACCCUUGGUGGUGUUAAUUUAUUGACUGAGAAUUCCACUUGAGAACAGUAAACUUAUUGUUAUGUCCAAUAAAUUAUUCAUGCAUUUUUGUUGACGUAUCAAACGUAAUCAAACCAAUGACUUUAGCACCCAGUGACGGAUUUGUAUUUCCAUGUUUUCCCAUUGCAUAGUACCCCACGGUUUGGUUUGGUUUAGUUUGGGUCGGGUCAGCUUACUUUUGGGAGCUUUUCCAUUGGGUGCAGUACGUAGUAUCAGAUAAUUUUUUCCGUACCACCUCGGUUGGGGUUCCAAGCAACCCGAGCUGAUACCAAACGUGACACGAAAACACAGUAGAUCACUGAUUGGUCUGAGAGACUCGUCACUACAGCGUCAUUGCUAUAAUGUAAAAGAUUAGCUUUACCUCAGUGCUAGCUUGCGCUGUUUCGAGUAAACAUGUUGUCAGUCAUCUGUGCUCUGCUAUAAGUUCCCAAACUCCCUUUUAGAGAUGAAAAACAUCCACAGGUUGAGAAUCAAGAACACCAUAACAGUUUUUUCCAGACUUGCAGUUUGUGGCAGAACAUUCGCGACAAGCACGUCUGCAUUAUAUGCUUAAAUGCUACUUUAAUGAGGCUCAGCGGAGCGCCAUCGGCUGACGUGUUUGAACAGAAACAUGAGACAGAUGUAGUGAUAAAUGCGAUGUGCAAACGUCUGUUUGUGGUGGCCAGUUUUAAUUUUGUGGCGGACUGAUAAAUAAAUAAAUGUAUGGGAAUGAACAACGGUGCUCUCACUUGUAUGAUGUUACAGCAGUAGGCAGCGCAAAUAUAACGACACGCCUAUAAUCCCUCCCACUGCGAAGUGAUACUAAACUCGAUGGAAAAGCUAACCACUGAGGUGAGCUGACCCGACCCAAACUAAACUAAACCGUGGGGUAUGCAAUUGAAAAGCACCAAUAGUGCGCCCACAGUGUGCCAGGAAAACAUUGUACAUACCACUACUACUGCAACCAGCCUGGACUCAUGAAGACUGGGUUCAUGAAAUCUUGUUGGCACCAAAAUCUCCUUUUAACAAAUGUUUAUAAAUAUUUGUGUAUUGGAUGUAUUUCAGUUCUGCACAAGUUCAACGCUAAUCACUUGUUUUGCCCACAUAACAAACAUUUACAAGAGAUAUAGUUAGGGGCAGUUAUCCAGAAAGGGCUUAAGUCUAGUCCAAGACUAAAAUGCUAAUCUUAACUGGAAAUCAGCUUGUUCUGACAUAUCUCAAAAUAUAUCAUUGCCGUUGUUUUGUUGCGCACCAGUAUUUUUUGUAAGGUAUGUUUAUAAAGACUACUUAAAUGUCCUUUUACAACAAAGGCCUAGUCCUGGGUUAAUCUAUACCCUGUCUGGGAAACCACCCCUUAGUGUAUGAAGUUUAUAAAGUGUGUAAACGAUGUUUUUGUGUUGUAAUAAAAUGGUGACCCUAUCUGUGAAAACCCAGCUAUUGUAAGUUUUUUUUUGUGUGAUUACAUUGAUUUCAUGAUCUGACUUUAAUGUUAAAAACAGUAAAGGCAAACUUUCAUGCUCUAAAUUUCAUCAUUAGAUUGUAAGACUUUAGACUGAAUUUCACUGUCACAAAUAAGCAAUGUUUUUUUUUGUAGUCUGUGCUUUAUAACGCUCUUGUUAACACCUGAAGGCACCUGUAAGAGUCCAGGUAUAGUGAUCACUCUUGUGUAAUGAAGGAAUAUAGAUAGGAACCUUCCUUCAUGUCAGGGUUAUGUCCUAUAUGUCUGUGGACUUUAAGUUUAGUUUUCAGUGGCUGUUCAUGUGUUCCUUAGUUUUAUACUCUUGAAGUCAUGUAUUCUGCGAUCCAUGUUUGUAGUCUAUUGUAGUUCAAUUUCUCAUUGGUUGUGCAAUUUCUUGCUAGAAUUACAAACAUUUAGGGGCAGUUUCCCAGACAGGGAUUAGAAUAAUCCUAGACUAAAAUAAAUGUAAGAGCUGUCCAAACUGAAAACAACUUGCACUGACAUAUCUUAAAAUACAUCAGUGCCCUUUGUUUUGCCUCAAAAUGCAUGCCAGUAAUGUUUUAGUAAGGCGUGUUUGUUAAAAAUAGUUAUAUUUCCUAAUUAAACUGAGGCCUAGUCCUGGUUUAAGAUAAUCCCUGUCUGGGAAUGCACCCAUUUAAGUUAAAGCCUUGAAGACUUUUAAUCUUUAAAAAAGACUUUGAAGAACACAUGGUUGCAUAAUUUGUGCAGUUGUUUUGGUCAAAAUUAUGGUAUUUUUAUUCAAUUUUCUUUUCUCAAAUUAACAUGUCCCAAAUAAGGAGUUUAGGAUUAGUGGUAGGGACAAUCUCGGGUUUUCUUUUUGCAUUCGCUUAAGAAAUAAGUCAUGGGCUUAAGUCGAUUUCCACACUCUAUUGCAGAUUGGACUACAUUAAGGGAAGGAACAAGUGUAUCUUAAUGAUUAGAAAGGUUAAGAGUUUUAUCUUAUGUCAGUAACAGAGAACCAGAAAAUACAUUUACAAUUGACAACAACUUACAAAUGAGAAAGGAUUUAAUAUAAAUAACUCAAAAUAAAACUCUUUCUUUUUUAAUUGGAACUACUGAAUUGCCCCCUGAACUAAAAUGUCAAAUAUAAAGUGCUUUGAGCCUGGCACCUAAUUUUAACCCUUACCAAUACCUUUAUUUAAUUCUGAUAUUCUGUAAAAAAACAAUAAGGUUGUAUUUGUUAACGUUCAUAAAUGCAUAAGCUAACAUGAGCAAUACAGUUUAUCAGCAUUUUCUUUGUCUUUGUUAAUGCUAUAGUUUAUCCUAAAACAAUUGCUCAUGUUAUUACCUCAUGUUCAUUGUGGAUUAACUUAUUGUUAAAUCAACCAGAUUUUAUGAGAGAAUUUAGCAAACAGGUUUUUUUUAACGUCUAAUCUCCAUUGAUGCCCUACACCCACCCAACAGUUGGUGGCGGUAAUGCACCAUGCUGGAUGCCAACCGCCAAUAAAAACUAAAGAAGAAGAAGAAGAAGAAACCUUACGGAAGAGGAGGGGUUCGCGAUGUGGAUGUUAGACGGGUUUGUGAAAACAUAUAUUUUGCCGUGACAGUUUUAAAUUAUGAACUGACCACAACACUCAGAUGAACUGCCUACGUGUUGCACAAUUCACAGCGCGCUUUAAGUUUUCCAGUUGGGCUGAAUCCCGGGAUUAUUCCUACAUCUCUGUAAACGUGGCGAUCGAAGAAACGCUCGUGAACUAAUAAGAAACGACUAACUACAAGUGUAAUAGGACCAACAUCCAACUGUAAAAAUGGAGUUUGUUAAAGAGGAGAAAGAAAGUACAGACCCAGAGCCCUUAAACAUGUCAAAUAUUGACGAUGCGGAUGAACAAAGAGACCUGGAUGAAAGUCUGGAAAUGAAGAAAGUGGAGGAUGAGCAUCAGUGUCGGGAACCUUAUAAUUUCAUAACCGGAGGAAAAUCUUUGAGUCGCUCAGAGAAAAUCCCGCAAGAAAGACAUCGGAGAACAGAAGCCAACAGUUCCUUCAUCUGCCCCGAAUGUGGAAAGAGUUUCUCGCAUAAAGGGCACUUUAACGAGCACAGAAAAAUUCACUCCGGAGUGAAGUCUUUUACCUGCCCUUACUGUGAGAAAAGUUUCAUGUGUAAAGGACACCUUAAAAGGCACGUAAGGAUUCACACCGGAGAACGACCUUACACGUGCUCUGAAUGUGGAAAGAGUUUCGUAUGUGCAACAAAUCUCAAAGACCAUCAGCGAUCUCACUCGAAUGAAAGAGCUUUUAAGUGUGAGCAGUGUGGUAAAACAUUCAUUUUAGCCUCGAUCUUAAAGGCGCACGAGAAAAUUCAUACGAACGAGAAGCCUUACGUGUGUGCCGUUUGUGGGAAAGGUUUUUUACGGCUGGGAUGUUUUAAUGAUCAUCAGAAAAUACACACUGGUGAGAGAGCUCAUAUGUGCUUCGAGUGUGGCGAUACCUUUACCAGAUCCAGCGCCCUCAAACAGCACCAAAAAAUUCACACUGGAGAGAAGCCUUUCAAGUGUUCGAACUGUGCAAAGUGCUUUACGCAUUCAGGAGCUCUGAAAAGACACGAGAGAGUUCAUACUGGAGAAAAGCCGUAUCACUGUAGUGCAUGUGGGAGGAGAUUCACUCAGUCCAGUGAUCUACAGAAUCACAUAAAAAAACCUUGUCCCAUGUUAUCAUCAGAUAAGUCAUCUUCAGUAGCUAUGUAAAUACAGUUCAUGUGACAUUUCUGCUUUGCUAUGACACCAUAACAAAUGACCUGUACAUUUUUGCACUAGGGUCUGCGUGAGAUUACUCUGUAUGUCGUAAUGAUUUAUGAGUAUUUAUAACUCAGUUUUUGGUGUUAACGCAUCUUACACUCUGCCUGAAAAAUGAAGGUAAAGAAAUAAGGUUACUUUAGUUAUUCCAGUUUUCUGGCUGUAGUCUAGCUUGGACAUUGGUUAUAAUAUAUGAAAAAAUACAUUUACAUUAGAGAUUAAUACGUGUAAUGAGUUGAUAUUGUAUAUGCACCAUUAAAAAUCAUUUCUGCCUUAUUUAAUAAAAGUUUACAUUACUGUCGUUUAUAGAUAUUAAAGCUGGUUUAGUCUAUUUGACACUUCUGUCACUGCCCUUCCCAGAUUUGUCACAGAAUAUGAAGAGUUUCGUUGCAAAACGAGAUAACUCCGUUUUUAAAAAUUUUCAGAAAUCUCGUUUUUUUUGGUUGUGCAUUCCAAUUAAUAUCAAUUCAACUGCAGUUGGUUUGUUUUGAUUUAAACUUUCAUAACUAAGUAAAACAGCUAAGUAGCACCAUAAAACAUAAUAAUAAACAUGUUUUGACAAAAAUGUUAAAAACAGAUUUAUCUCGUUUUGCAACGAAUCUCUUUAUAUGGUUAAACUUUUACAUAUAUAUAUAUAUUUUAAAUCUCUAUAUUAUUAGGGGUAUUUGGGGGUCUUCACGUGAGGUUUUCAAUGGGACUCUUAAAGAAUAAAUGAAAUCAUUACUUUUUCUCAAACUCGGAUACAUGAGAAGACAUAUCCAUUCAGGUGGGAUAUCUGUACUGACCUCUACAGUAUACGGUUACAUAUGGUUUGACAGACAGGGUUGCAUGUCCGGCGAUGAAGUCAGUUUUAUUUGAGAAAAAAACAGGCAAACAACUUAUUUAACUUAAACUGUAUAAAUAAUGAAAUGCUCCAGUUUUAAUAUAUUUAAUGAAAUGUAGAAUUCUUCCAAAUGGAAAAUGUAGAUUUGCGUGCACGUAUUUCAGCAAAAAAUAGUUCAAAAUUCACAAAAUACAUUCUACAAGUUCACAGAAUGUGAUCUACAACCAUCCAGCAGAAGUAGGUUCGUGCAAUAAAAUCAUAGGCUAUUAGUAAGUGAAUCUAUUGGCAAGUUAACCAGCAAUCAUUAGAUCAUAUGUUGUGACACUGUCACACAAGAAACAUGUUGUACCGCUCAUUUUAUACAUUGUAUUGUUGUGGUUUUAUGUAUAUUUGAGUUUUAAAUAGGUUUUACAUGUUUUCUUAGCCAUUUUAUUCCUUUUGCUAUUUUGUGUGUUUAUGUCUUUUAUUUUGUUUGGGCUGCAACCAAUGUUAGUAUAAAAGGAAGCAGCAGAAGCACAUUGAGAGCAUAUGCUUAAGCUACACAACUGUUUGGAUUGUGGAGUUUCUCAUUGUGGACUUACCCUUCCAGAAACAUUUGUGGAUUACACUUUAAUUGUACAUACACCGGAGGACACUUUAAACACUUUGACUUUUAGCACAUUUGGACUUUUAGAUUGUUGUAGGUUUGGGUUUUAUAUUCCUUUCUUUUAACAGUCUUAAGUUUUAGUGUGUUGUUAAAUACCUUGUGUUUGUAAAUACACUUAUUUAAGUUGA